AUGCCUUCCCAUCUUCGUCGUCAGCAGUCUUUCGAGCCUUUUACCGCCGAAACCACUCGAUCCUACUUCUCCCCCUCACCGCCAGCCAAGAAGCAGAAGAAGAUGAGUCUCACGCAGACCUACUACAUCGCCGCCUCGGCCCGCUCGAAGCUGGGCCGGGAAGCUCAGAAGAGCGACCACUCCCUCCGACAUCUCGUCGGCCACGCCAACCUCCUCGAUUCCCUCAUGGUCGAGCUGCACGAGGCCGAGCGGGAGCAGGAGACCUGGUUCAACCAGACCAUCCAGAAAGCCGAGGAGCCCAUGCAUGUGCGAUGGGCUGACUCCGCCAUCAUGGAGGAGGAUGAGGACGACAGCGCCUCCGAUGCCUCCGACAGCGACUCCGACGACGACUUCGAUGAGGCCGACUUCGAGUUGACCGCACCCCUCCACUUCCGCCAAUCCGCCAUCAGCAUCACCUCCCGCGAAGUCGAGGACUCAGACGAGGAGUUCGAGGACGAGGAGGACGACGAGGAGCACGCUCUCACACGAACUGCUUCCAACUCCCCGCCCGAGCUCAUCCUCGACUCGGACUCAGACGACGACACCCCGCCGGCGUCGCCCCCGCAACUCAGCCUCGAAUACACGGAGGAGCAGAGACAGGCCAUCGCGACCACUGGAUUCUUCAAUCGAAAACAAUCAUCAUUAUCACCAUCCGAGCAGGAAUCCUUCGUCGAAGAAGGGUUCUUUAUCCCGGACCGAUCCAAUCAGCUCAUCGCGGCUUGCUAG